GAAAUAAGGUUUCAACAUACACCAGUAUUAUGAUGCAACAAUUAAUAGUUAUUGUUGUUUCUUACAUCACAAUCGGUAAUUGUCUUCCAAUAUUACAAAACAAUCGCCUUCACUUCACCCCAUCUAGUGGUGGAAAAUCAACCAACCAUAUCAACGAGAUCAACGAUGCGCUAAACAACGCCCCAUUGUUUACGAAACAAUUCAACAAAGCAAACCCGCUCUCUUCGCUUGAAUGCACGGCGUGUAAAGUCGCGCUCGACGCAGCGCUGUGGAAAUACCGAACCCCUAACGGGACGUACCCCGGUCUACCUGGGUUUAUCAUAACUUUAUGCAAAUAUUUAAAAAUUGAAACCAACUCCGUUUGUGAAGGAAUGAUUCAUGAAUUACAAAACGAAACUUUGUUUUUAUUAAAUAAACUCCAACUAACGGGAUCUCAGCUUUGUGGGCUUAUCUUCCCCACCUCGUGCCCUGCCAAUGACCUUUCAUGGAAUAAUAAUAAAUGGGUAGUUCCGAUUCCUAAAUCCCAUAAAGGUAAACAUCGUGUUUCACCAAAGAAUUCAAAGGAAUUAAAAGUUUUACAGAUCUCUGAUAUUCACAUAGACUUGCUGUAUAAACCAGGAUCUGCUGCUAAUUGUAAAGAACCUCUUUGUUGUCGGGACAACAAUGGGGAAGUUGGGCAAGAUAAAGUAACAGCCGGGUACUGGGGAACGGCCGCUGCUUGCGACACUCCCUACUGGACGCUUGAAAAUCUUCUCCAACGUGCAUCGGAAGAUAAGUUCGACUACAUUAUAUGGACGGGUGACUUACCCGCUCAUAACGACUGGAGCCAAACGAGAGAAGGACAAAUCAAACUGCUGAGUAAUCUUACAAACCUGCUGACUCAUUAUUUCCCCAACACCCCGGUUUACCCAUCACUUGGUAACCACGAAAGCAACCCUGUCAACAGCUUUCCACCCAACUAUGUGAAGGGGGUGAACAAUAUAUCGUGGCUGUAUGAGGCGUUGGCUAAAGCUUGGUCUCCAUGGUUACCACACGAUGCUAUAACUACAGUACGUGAGUCCGGCUUCUACACAACUUUAGUAAAACCAGGGCUUCGUAUAGUUUCAAUGAACAUGAAUUACUGCAACACUGAGAACUUCUGGAUGUUGUUGGACCCUGUAGAUCCUAAUGGGGAGCUAGCGUGGUUGGUUAAGACACUAGAUGGCGCUGAAGAGAAGGGCGAGGUUGUUCAUAUUAUUGGACACAUCCCUCCAAGUAUGACGGGGGAUUGUCUUAAGGUUUGGAGGAAUAACUAUCAUGACAUCAUCAGUCGGUAUCGUGACAUCAUAAUGGCUCAAUUCUACGGACAUACACAUAAAGAUGAGAUAGAAAUCCAAUAUAACGAUAGCUCUCUAGCCCACCCAGUGAGCAUGGCAUACAUCGCACCAAGCGUAACGACUUACACCAAACUAUUCCCAAGUUAUCGAACAUAUUCAAUGGAUGGCAACUCAUGGAGGGUGUUGGACCAUUCAACUUACACCCUCAACCUCACAGAAGCCAACACACAGGGUGCAUCACCUGUAUGGAAGCUUGAAUAUUCAGCGAGGGCGGAAUAUAAUUUGACCUCGCUUGACCUUAAAUCGUGGCACGAACUCUACAGGUCGUGGGUCAAUGAUUCCGACCAAUCAAAAACCUUCCAGAAAUAUUACACAAACUUCUACAAGGGGAAUCCCCCGAAUAAGGAAUGCGACGGGGAUUGCAAAAUGAGAUUUCUAUGUGGGAUUCAAACAGGGAAUUAUACUUCGCCGUGUUAAUUGCGAGUUUGGGGGUAAUGGGUGAAUCCAAUUGCAUGCCUCCCUACAGGACCUCACCCAUGUAGAGUAAUAGUUAGGGAUGUAAAAAACCUUAGAUCUCAAAGUCAUUGGUUUAUUGUAUGUGCGCAAUCUCAACCACUUUUCCAUCGGUCAAACAAACUGUAUGUUUUGUAUUCGGGCAGUAUUAGUAUUGCAUGCGUGUGGAUGAUAUUAUGCAAGAUAUCUAUGGUCGCUAGAGGUGUACGGAGUUUAUGUGUUUUACUGUUUUAUUGAAAACAUAUUUGUUUGUUUUACAUUUUAUUAUUGCAAUGUUUCCAUAAGGCAAUACAUAUGAAAUUAUUCAUGUUA